CAAAAGCAUGACCCGCUUUACAAGAGUUCACCAUAGCGGAUGAAUUAAGACGUAUUGUGUUGUUGGAGCCAUUUAGGAAGUGACAAUUAACUGUUGUCAUGUCCGAGAAGGCUCCUCUUAUCAACUAUCGACUCACCACCAACAGCGGAGCGGAGUCGAAGGAUGAGACCGCAAACAGGAGCCCCGAGCAAGGCCAAGACCGAGGCCGUCGAAAGCUCGGCGUGAUUUUCGGAGUUGUUAUUCCGACAUUGCUUUCCAUGUUUAGUGUCGUCGUGUUCCUGCGAAUUGGAUUUGUUGUAGGUCAAGCUGGGCUGUACCAAGCCAUCGCCAUGUUCUUGGUGGCUUACAUCAUCAUCACAAUGACCGUCUUUUCUGUCUGCGCCAUUUCAACUAAUGGAGCCUUGGAUGCGGGAGGUGCCUACUACAUGAUCAGUCGAGCGCUGGGUCCAGAGUUUGGUGGCAGCAUUGGAAUCAUGUUUUUCUUUGCCAACGUGUGCGGCAGCGCUCUCUACAUUUUAGGUCUGGUUGAAGCAAUCGUGUCUGCCUUCGGCGUCCCAGAAGCAUCAGAGCUCGGGGCGGUUUUCGAAGCCUCCCAUCGAGUGCUGCCUUCAGGAUACUGGUGGUCUUUGCUUUAUGGCACUGUGCUGCUUUCCAUUUGUUUCUUUGUUUGCUUGGUAGGCGCUCAAAUCUACGCCAAAGCCACUUUUGUCAUCUUCCUCAUCGUCACAACCGUUCUGGCAGCCAUCUUUACAAGUUUCUUUACCGUGGAACCCAGAACAGUUACGCUCCCGCAUUCCUCUUUCGUGAACGCUUCCACCCAGACCGCUGCUAACUAUACUGGCCUCCGCCUACACACCUUGGAGGGCAACCUUUGGGCUAGUUACACCGUCGACUACACCACUGGAACCAUGAUGAGUUUUGCCACCGUUUUUGCGGUCAUGUUCAACGGUUGCACCGGAAUCAUGGCUGGAUCCAACAUGUCGGGUGACUUGAAGAACCCAAGUUAUUCCAUUCCCAGAGGAACAUUGACGGCGGUUUUCACAACAUUUGUCACGUACAACCUGCUCAGUCUGCUGGCUGCAUCGUCUUGUCAACGUCCCAUCCUCCAGAGAGACUACAGUUUCCUUGGAGCCAUCAAUGUUUGGCCUCCUCUGGUCACAGUCGGCAUCUACUCGUCGGCCAUGUCCGCUGCCAUGAGCAACCUCAUCGGCGCCUCCCGUGUCCUCUAUGCGCUUUCUAAAGACAACCUGUUUGGUGGCGUCCUGGCUCUGGCGAGGACCACAUCCCGCAGCGGGAACCCUUGGGCCUCAGUGCUUGCCUCUUGGUUGCUUGUGCAGAUGGUGCUGUUUGCUGGGAAAUUGAACACAAUUGCUGGAAUUGUGACCAUCAUCUUCUUGUUGGUGUAUGCCAAUGUCAACUUGGCUUGUUUGGCUCUCGAGUGGGCUUCUGCGCCAAACUUUAGGCCCUCCUUCCGUUGUUUCACGUGGCACACCUGCACGCUGGGCAUUCUUGGCUGCCUGGUUAUGAUGUUCCUGAUCAAUGCCAUCUAUGCAUUUGCCAGCAUAGCAUUCAUGCUGCUGCUCCUCAUGCUCAUUCAUUAUCUCGGCCCCAUCAGCAACUGGGGCUACAUAAGCCAGGCUCUCAUCUUCCACCAAGUUCGCAAGUACCUGUUGAUGCUGGAUGUGCGCAAGGACCACAUCAAGUUCUGGAGGCCUCAGGUGCUGCUAAUGGUGGCCAACCCUCGUAGUUGUGUGGGCCUGAUAACUUUCAUGAAUGACCUGAAGAAGAGUGGCCUCUAUGUUCUGGGUCAUGUCAAACUGGGAUUGCUAGAUGAGAGGCCGUCCAAUCCUUUGCAGAGCUGUUACCACUCCUGGCUGGCUUUAGUGGACCAUUUGAACAUCAAAGCCUUUGUGAACCUCACUUUGGCUGACUCUGUUCGACGUGGAGUUCAGAACCUUCUUUUCAUCACAGGCUUUGGCGGGAUGAGGCCAAACACUCUCGUCUUAGGUUUCUAUGACGACUGCCCCCCACAAGACUUCCUCCAAAGCAAAGUUCAUUUGCCUCCAGAGCACAGCUUGGAUGCAGUGUAUCCAAACAAAGAGUCGGGAGAACCACUCUUCCCUUUCUUCCCUAAUGUACGUGAUGCACAUAAACCCAAAGUCAUCAAAGAAGAGGAAUAUGUGUCAAUUAUUACCGACGCUAUUAAAAUGGGCAAAAACGUGACCCUGGCUCGAUACUUCAGCCUGUUCAACAAGGAAGAAGUUUUAGGGGCGGGGAGGAAGACCAAGACAAAGACACACCACGGCACGGUGGGCCUGUUUGUCGACAUUUGGCCAUUGAAUCUGCUGCGACCCAACAGCGGCGGCAACGUGGACGUCUGCUCGCUGUUUUUGCUUCAGCUGGCCUGUGUGCUUCACGAAACCCGUGCCUGGAGCCAAGCCAGGUUGCGCCUUUUCCUGUGCGUGGAAGCCGGGGGGAGUCUGCGGGACGAGGAGGAGGCCAAACUGCGACUGAUGCUCAAAGAGCUCCGGAUGUCGGCGCAAGUGCAGAUGGUGGCUUGGGACCAGGUUGUGGCACUACACCGGGUUCGAGGAAGGGGGAGAGAUGAGGAAGUGCAAGACGGAUGCAAAGAAGCGUUUUCCAGCAACGUGACAGAUGAUUACAUCCACGCAGUCAACGAUCUCAUCCAAAGUCACGGAGACCCCCCGCCGGCUGUGCGCUUCCUCUAUUUGCCACAGCCGCCUGCAGACACAAGCUGCUACCGGGCCUACCUCCAUCAGGUGGACUUGCUGAGUCAAGAUUUGGGUCCCACGUUGCUCGUCCACGGAGUCACGCCGGUUAUCACUACGGACCUCUAGAGCACUUUGGCGACCUCGAUUGCAACAAUGCAUCGCCAUCUGAAGUUGGGCCAUCGCUCUCAUUCAGUCAACAUUUAGAACCGCCGCCAGAGAACGUCAAUUCUUCAGCUCUGCCGUUUUACAUUUGAAUCACUUUUCUCAUCACGACGCCUUUGAGGGUUUAUGAAGAGUAAAUCACAAAUUUGCACAUUUUAGUGGUGAAAGUAACGAAAUGAAUGUAUUUAGGCUCACACUAUGUCAGAAGUACACAUUGAUAUUGAAUGCU